AUGGUUUCCGCUUGGUCAAUCAUUUUGACUCUGCUCAUAGUAACGUUGGUUUAUUUGUCGGGAUGGAUGGUGUAUGCAUUGUACUGGCAUCCGCUGAGCCGAUACCCAGGUCCCACACUUGCGGCCAUUUCGCCGUUCUGUCACCUUCUCUGGGACAUUCAAGGAAGACAGCACUCUGUUAUCAAAGAUCUACACGAUCAAUAUGGAGAUGUGGUUCGCAUUUCUCCUAAUUCGUUGGUCUACCGAGCCUCCUCUGCUUGGAAAGAUAUCUACGGUCAUCGAAAGAAGGGACAGAAGACUUUUCUCAAAGAUCCUUCUCUGUACGCACCGACGCCAAAUGGUGUCAAUGCUAUUAUCACCGCAAAUGAGCAUGAUCAUCAACGUAUGCGUCGUCUUCUGGCACAUGCAUUCUCCAGCAAAGCCCUCAAUGAGCAAGAGAGUAUCCUUCAUACCUACGCUGACAUGCUGGUCAACAAGCUGGGGGACAUACUAUGCAAACCAUCACCUGCCGUCAUUGAUUUGACUCGUUGGUUCGACUUUACUACCUUCGAUUUGAUCGGUGACCUAGCUUUUGGUGAGCCAUUUGACUGCCUUGCCAAUAGCACGUAUCAUUGGUGGGUCCUUAUCAUCUUGGAUGCUGUCAAGGCAACUCUGCUAGUUCCAAAGCAUCUUCUCGAGAAGCGUACCGCAAGUUUUAAUUUGAGUGUGGAGAAAAUGCGCCGCCGUCUCAACAGCAAUACUACCAGACCCGACUUUACCUCAUACAUCCUCAAGCACAGCAAGGGCGGCAUGGGGCUCUCGCCGUCCGAGAUAGAUGCCAAUGCCGCUGUUUUUGUGCUUGCCGGUAGCGAAACAACUGCCGCUCUGCUAUCGGGCUGCAUGUUUUAUCUGCUUUGCCAUCGUGACAAGUACAAGCGACUUGUUCGGGAAAUUCGCGGCGCUUUUAAAAACCCUUCCGACAUCAGACUGGCACGGAUUUCCGUGCUUCCAUACCUCAAUGCCGUCUUGACUGAGACUCUUCGCAUCUACCCUCCUAUUCCUGCUAUGCUACCGCGUCUUGUACCGGAGGGCGGAGCCUUUAUCAACGAAGCAUAUGUGCCUGCUGGGGUCUCUGUCUCGAUCUCUUUGUACUCCAGCUUCCACGCAUCCACUCACUUCAAACAAGCCCACUGCUUCAUCCCGGAGCGCUGGCUCACUGGUGAGGAGUCCAAGGACUUUGCUUCUGACAACAAAGAAGCUUUCUACCCAUUCUCACAUGGACCACGGAAUUGUCUGGGACAGCACCUUGCUAAUGCGGAAAUGCGCCUGAUUCUCACAAAGCUUCUAUGGCACUUCGAUUUUGAGCUCCAACCCGAGUCUCUGGCCUGGUCCCAGCAGCGAUCAUUCUCUCUCUGGUCUCGCCCCGCUCUUAUGGUGAAACUUGCCCGGGCUGGAGGUGAAUUCUGA